AUGAAGGAAUCUGCAGCUGAGAAAAUUUAUGUUGCCGUUGGCAAUGAUUUGCAUGAGAGCGCCUCUGCUCUCAAAUGGGCGCUAAAAAACUUGCAAGCAGCGUUAAUAGUCCUCCUUCAUAUUUAUGUUCCACCUCUGUUUAUACGAUCCGGAACGGGGAAUAUUCCUGUAAAGCAAGUAAGGAGUGAAUUGAAGGAGGCCUACGAGAAGAAUGAAAAGAGGGAGAUCGACAGUUGCAUGAACAAAUAUUUGCAGGUUUGCAGCCGAGCCAGGGUGAAAGCAGAUACUUUGAUUGUUUCCAAGCUUGAUGUUUCUAAAGGAAUUGUUGAAGAAGUUCGGAAGAGGGGUAUCACGAAACUUGUCAUCGGCACAACGUCAACACGCGGUGGCCUGUCUAAAAGGCUGAAGAUUCAAGGGCCAGGAAAAGCAGAUUACGUCCGAAAACACGCGAUCAACAGUUGUGACGUGUUUAUCGUAUGUAAGGAAAAUCUUGUGUCAGAGGGAAAAGGUUGUGCGGUUGAAAACGUUGAUUUUGGCCGAUCUUUCUCUGUGGAGCCAAACCCCGAACAAGGCUUGAGAAGCUCCAGUGAAGCUUCCCAUAAUUUUCCAGUGGAUGGAGAUUCUACGGCAGCUUCGUCAGAAGAUGCGAAUGAUGUCCUGUCUGAGCCUCAAUUAUCUCCAGAGGCGAGUAGAGAUAUCGAAAUCCUGAAAUUAACGGAGGUGUUGGGGAAGGCAAAAAGAGAAUUGGAAAGGGAAACCAUAAGACGUAUGGAAGCAGAGGCGGCUGCACUGAGAUCUCAUUGCAAGCUUAAAGAAUACGAAGCCGCCUUAGAAGAAGCAGUGAAAGAGAAAGAAAGCGCGAUCUUAGAAUCAAAACUUAAAGAAGACGAGUGGAUAUCUCUGCUCAACCGAUUUUCAAUUGAACGAGACGAUGCUUUCCAGCAACUCGAAGCGACACAGAAGAAGCUCGCAGCGGUGGAGAAACAAAACUACCGCAUUUUGCAAGAAAAGGAGGCUGAAAUUAAGAAGCUUCAAGGCUGUUUGCGUUCUGGGCCUCGAAUCGAAACGUCAUCCACUUCUUAUGCCCUUCAAAUCAGGGAAUAUUCCUUCGACGAAAUUAAAGCGGCAACCUGCAAUUUAUCUGAGAGCUUAAGACUCAAUGUCGGUGGCUAUGGCAACAUUUACAGAGGCGCAAUAGGACAAACAACGGUUACAGUUAAAACCCUCAGGGAGGACACUUUACAGGGUUGGCAGGAGAUCCGACGCGAGGUAUAA